AGAGGAUCAGGUGGGAUGUUCUGUAUUGAAUGCUGUGAAGAGCAGGAGCAGAGAGGACAGUUUCUUUCUGCGUCGAAGAGGAAAUGCCCUAGGGCAAACCCACGCAGCGUCUUCUUCUCCCCAAUCGUCUACUGAAAUAUGGAUAAUCUCCUACAAGGAAGUAUGGCGGCGCCUCAGCCACCGCCGACGGAUACCUCGUACAAGAACCAGCUACAAAGAUAUACACUGAGAGCCUCUUUGGGAUUUCCACAGUAUAAGACUGUUGGUGAAGGGACGCCACAUGCUCCUCAGUUUAGAUCUAUGGUUUAUGUUGAUGGAACUUGCUAUACUUCACAGCAAACCUUUUCGACUAGGAAGGCAGCUGAACAAGAAGCUGCCAGGCUCGCACUCAUAGGCAUUCCGGAGAAAGUUAAAAAUGAAGCAUCUUCAUGUUUACUUGCGAGUACAGUAUUUUGCAAAUCAAUCAUUGUUGAAUAUGCUGUGAAGAUGAAUCUUGGACUACCCGAGUACACAACGAAACAGUCAAAGCCGAAUGUUCCGAUAUUUGUGUCAACGGUGUGCUUAAAUGGUGUUUCAUACAUUGGUCAAGCUGGGAAUACUAAGAAAGAAGCCGAGCAGCAUGCUGCUCGAACAGCUGUACUAUCCAUUUUAGAUUCGGAAUCCAACACCACAAUGUCUGAGAUAGUCCGAUCCAAAUUUAAGUUCUACAAUGAGUUGAAUAAUGCCAAGGAUUUAAUUAAUACCAAUUGCGGCACUAUGCCAGAUGGUGUGAAUGUGCUGGAGGAUGGUGGUGCAUCUUGUUCACUUAGUAAUAAGAGAAAAGAAGUUCACAUUAGUGAAGGCUCUGCUACUGCUGACUUGGCCCCAAAUUCGAAAUCCAUCUCAUCUGAACCAAAUUCUGAAUCCAGUCUAUUGGGGCCAAAUCCAGAUGUCCAACCGAUCCAUGAGUUCAAAAGGAAGAAAACUGAAACACCAUUGUCGCCCCCUGCAGCAGCGGAUCUUCCAAUUCAAUUUGUGGCCCCAGCAUCUCCCACAUGCUCAGCUGCGGCAAGAAAGCGCAAAAGGAAGAAGGAAAGGAAGAGAGCUCAACUUCAGUCAUCGUUACCUGUAGCUGGGAUUCUGCAGAACCCCGAGCCGGAGCCGUCAACUGCUCAAUGAGCGGCUGCACUUUAAUGACAGCAUAAUUUUCGACUCUGAUCCGGCGGCGCAUAAAUAUUAUAUAUAUAUAUAUAAGUAUGGCAGUGGUGGACUCCCAUCUCCCAGCACAAGAUGCAGGUUUGUUUUCUAAUAUGUUUUCAGUGUUAGUUAGCAGUUAUGGCUGCUUGCCUACCUUUUCUGAUGGUACUUUUUAUUUAUUUGUUUCUUUGUUGGAGAAGAUGGAACAUUAUCUAUUAGUACUAAUUUAUAUGCAAUACUUGGCCAGUCCACUAAAUAUAUGUUUAUUUGGGUUGAA